AUGCAAAUGAGCGCGCGCCUCCUGCAUAAAGUCCGAGAGGAACUUCAGCUCAUCGAAAACACUGCAUCUGAUUGGAGAAGUAGAGAACAAGGCCCCGACUUCCCCCACAAAGACGCAUUUACUGUGACCGUGCUAUCCGUUUUGAAAUGCAUCUUACAUGUUCUUCCCAUCACAUCAGAUAGUUGUGGGUACACAUCUGCCUCUGAGAGUGAUGAUGUCGCUGAUGACAGUGAAGGAGAAUCCGGUGCGCGCCGCCGCGCCAGAACCAAGUUCACCUCCGAGCAGGUCGCGCGCCUGGAGAAGAGCUUCAGCAAACACAAAUAUCUCGGAGCGACUCAGAGACGCAAGAUAGCAGAGAAGCUGCAUCUGUCUGAAACACAGGUGAAAACAUGGUUCCAGAACAGACGGAUGAAGCUGAAGCGGGAAGUUCAGGACAUGCGCGCUGCCGAGUUUCUUGUGCCGACAUUUCUUCCACCUGUGACGUCAUUUCAGCACCACGCCACGAGCGGACAGCGCGCGCGCCUGUAUUACCCCGCGCGUGCACUGCAGCAGCGCGUCCACCCGGUGCUGUUCGCGCCCUGUUACUUUUAAACAUUUUCUUUGAUUUUAAAUGAUCUGAUCUGUAAUCUAGAAUCUAG